UCGGUACGUGCUUCUUUGUGGAGAGAUUAUUGCGCACCAUCCAAAGAAAAUAACACAACCACAAUGGUUCACUGGACAGAUCAUGAACGCCAUGCCAUUAAAGACUUAUGGGCGAAGAUCAACGUUGAGGAAGUUGGCGCCCAAGCCUUAGUCAGGCUUUUGAUUGUGUACCCAUGGACCCAAAGGUAUUUUGGUGGCUUUGGCAACAUCAACAAUCCCGCCGCCAUUGCUGGAAACAACAAAGUCCACGCUCAUGGCAAGACAGUGCUUACAUCUGUCGGUGAUGCUAUCACGCACAUGGAUGAUGUGAGUCACGCUUUUGCCAAGCUGAGUAAGUUCCACUCUGAGACACUCCACGUGGACCCUGAUAACUUCAAGCACUUUGGCGAUUGCCUGUCCAUUGUUCUGGCUGCCACUUUCGGCAGUGCCUACACCCCAGAUGUCCAGGCUGCAUGGCAGAAGAUGAUUGCUGUCAUUGUCUCCGCCCUGAGCAAGCAGUACCACUAAACAACUUACGUCACUGUGGUCCAUUAUCCACCGCGUAACCACGAGAAAAGCAUCAGGAGACGUCAUGUGCAAAAUCCAAUGACGUUUCUCAUUGUUGUAAACUAACAUGCAUUAGCUUUAAGUGACAGAAAUAAAACAUUUGAACUCAA